GACCUGGCAGAGUUCCUUUUAGUGGUUAGCAGGUGGCUGGGGACGUAAGAGUAUCAGGUGUCAGAGACAAUCUACUGUUUGCUGGGGCACCAUCGUCGGGGCCAGAGAUGAGGGUUCGACACUUGAAGCUGGGUCUGGUAGCUACCUGUAUGCUUACACUGUGGCUGAUGGCCUCCUUCCUGGACCAGGAGUCCAGCCAGAAUGACCUCCAUGAGAAGGCCAGCACACGCUCAAGGAUCUGCCACUGCCCCAGAAACUCUUCUAGAAAGUGUAUCUGUUCAUCUAGGAUCCAUGAAUGCUCCGCCUGCCUCCACAUACCUGGAGAGUCUGACUGGUUUGAUGAACGCUUCGAAAGGGCCAUUGAGCCCCUGCAGAGGUCAGAAGAGCCCAUGUCCUCUGAUGCUCUGAUGUUGUGGUUGGGCAUCAAGUCGGAGAAGGAGUUUGAGAAUCAGAAGCAGCAGCCGAUUAAAGUGUCUCCCAAACACCCACUGGGCUAUGUGGGGUCCAGCUGCCGGACCUGUGCAGUGGUUGGAAACUCAAGGUUCCUAAGGGGCUCUGGCCUUGGCUUCAGGAUUAACCAACAUGACAUGGUCCUCAGGAUGAACCAGGCCCCUGUCCAAGGCUUUGAGAUGGACGUGGGGAACACGACCACCAUGCGCAUUAUGUACCCGGAGAUAGCCAGCACUCAGGAUCCUGGCACCCAACUGCUGCUGCUUCCUUUGAAUUCAUCUGGUCUGAAGUGGUUCAUGAAAAUACUGCAGGAACAGGACAUCAUCUGGAAGCCAAGAAACCCUGGGUCUGGUGAUUUCGGAUAG